GUGCUUUGUCCGUUUGAAAGAGUUUUGGCGAGAAGUGAGCCCGAGGUUGGAGGCCUGCCAUCUCAGGCUCAGCUUUAUGCAUCCUGCCGUGAUGCCUGAGCACAGAAGGCUCGCUCCUGUAGUGGCACAGGAGAUGGCAUCAGCGAGGUUCAGGAUAUUCUCGUUAAUGAUUGAAGAAUACCGCACAGAUGUGAUCGAACGUGUGCUCCGCUCAUUUGCGCGUUUGCUCAGAAAAUGCGAUGACCUGGAGCACCUCUGCAUCGAAGUUGAAAACGCAGCAACAACGUCUUACCAAUGCGCGGAACUAUGGAAGGCGCGCUGGCUCAAGCUUCUCAGCCUCGAUCUGUCAGGGUUGAGGAUGGAGGAGGUGGAUGAGUUCGACGAGUUCACCGAGCCUGGUGGUGUUGGUGGGGGAGGGGAGCUCGUUGCGCAUCCGCAUACCGCCGAAAGAGACGAUGGUUUGGACGAGGACGAGGACAAUCUGGAUGCCAGUGGAGCUGAACAACCCAACAUUGAACAGUUCUUCCUUGCUCUGCACUCCCUCCAAACACUCAGGCUCGACUGUUACGCACCCCGCACUCCAACAAUCCGACCGGACAGCAUGCCUUCUCUGCGAGCUGUAGGCCUCCUAGGCAGCACGCUAGAAGUCCAAUGGGCGAUGCUGCCUACCCUCGUCUCUCCCCUCUCGGAUGGUAGCUACCGUCCAAUCGACAGCCUCCAGUGGGACCUCAAGUACUAUCCUUUCGCAGAUACCCGCUCGGGCACUGUUUUCCGCCUAUUCUGUCACCAUUUGGCGCGCGCCGGUACGUUGAGGCAGGUCAUGCUUGUGCGGAGCGCGUAUGGAACAGAGAGCUUUCCUUGGGUGAGGGAAUUUGGUAAAGCCGUACCGGGAAUCGAACAUUUCGUGAUCGACCCGGAUGGGAUAAUGAGCUUUGAAACCUGGCUGGAGCUACUCUCGGCUUACCCAUGCCUGAUCACUCUCAAUCCGACGAAUAACGGCAUUCAUCAUCCCUUCCUCAAACCCUUUUCAUCAAACUUCGCCUCCCUCGCCCUCUCUCGUGCUAGUGGUGGUCCCGCAGGCCAUCAUGGGCACAGUUAUCUCGGUAUGUCCGGAACGUCGUAUUCCUCCUAUGCGGGAUAUGGAGGGCUGGGGGUGCAAGUUCCCCAAGAACUGCCUAACAUGAGAGCGGAGCUCGGGCUGGAGGUCGAUCCAGACCUCGGAGAAGCAGGUGUCGGGAUGGAGCUGGGUGUGGGGGGUAUGGCCGUAGACAACUCUGAGGAUAAACGGGAGGAAGGAAUGCUCUAUCAGCUCAGUACAGUCUGCCCUCAGCUGCGCCACGUCGACGCAUGGAUACGAGAAGAUGUGCGACCUUCGUCUCGUCCUUCCUCUUCCUCUUCUUCCAGUACGGCCGGUCCACACGAGGGCGCGCCUGCCGCCAUCGAACUUACGGAACUGGACCAGGCUGCUGAGGCACGUAAGGCGAAGGUGAGGGAGAUGGGUUAUGUAUGGCGGAAGAGGGAUAUGAGCAGGCCUUGUGAGAGGGACUGCUGUCGGCUUAGGCCGCCAUAUGUCAGGGAAAGGACGUGAACGAGGUAAUGUAUGUUGGCGAAGAGUGGACGGAAGACGGUGGGCGUGAGAUGUACUGUGG